CCCUUUUUCUUUAUUCUUCUCUCCCGUCUUCUGUGAGGGCGGCAGGGGCCGCUGUCUGGAGGUAGGCUGGGCAACUCUCUUGAAUCCAGCUGCGUGCGCUUGGGCUGCGCUUCCUCCAGCUCUGCCUCUGUUCCCAGAACUCGCGCCCUGCCCCAGCGUCUUCCCAGCUGCGCCCUGCUCCGCUCCCCCUCGCGCCAGCAGCCUAGCCGUAAAGAACUCAUCCUGAGAUCCAGUAAUUGCUGUGGGAAAUGGUCUUCAGUGAUCUUACAUCAAGGACUGUGCACCUCUAUGAUGAAUGGAUCAAAGAUGCCGAUCCCAGGGUGGGAGAUUGGCCACUCAUGUCUUCUCCUCUACCACAGACCCUUAUCCUUGGGGUCUAUGUCUACUUUGUCACAUCUCUGGGACCAAAGCUCAUGGAAAAUCGCAAGCCCUUUGACCUUAAGAAAUUGAUGGUUACAUAUAAUUUUUUAAUAGUGCUCUUUUCUCUAUAUAUGUUUUAUGAGUUCAUGAUGUCUGGCUGGGGUGUAGGCUACUCAUACAGGUGUGACAUUGUUGACUAUUCCAGAUCACCUGUAGCUCUAAGGAUGGCAUGGACCUGCUGGCUUUAUUACUUCUCCAAGUUCAUUGAACUAAUAGACACUAUCUUUUUUGUUCUGCGUAAGAAAAAUAGCCAAGUAACUUUCCUGCAUGUCUUCCAUCACACCAUCAUGCCAUGGACCUGGUGGUUUGGAGUCAAAUUUGCUGCAGGUGGUUUGGGAACAUUCCAUGCCUUGUUGAACACAGCUGUCCAUGUAGUCAUGUACUCCUACUAUGGAUUGUGUGCAAUGGGACCAGACUACCAGAAAUAUUUGUGGUGGAAAAAAUACUUGACAACACUACAACUUGUUCAAUUUGUUAUGGUGACAGUUCAUAUAGGACAGUCUUUCUUUGCAAAGGAUUGCCCAUAUCAAUAUCCAGUCUUCCAGUACAUCAUCAUGUCCUAUGGGUGUAUCUUCCUGUUCUUAUUUGCCCACUUUUGGUACCGUGCUUAUACCAAGGGCCAAAGGCUUCCCAAAACUGUGAAAAAUGGAUUCUACAAAAGCAAAGAUAACUGAAAUUUCAUACUGACACACUUCAGACUGUUACUCUAUGCUCCUAGACAAUCAGGACAUAUUUAGAUGUGCAGUACUUUUUGUAUGUUUUUCUUCAAAACCAAGAGCUUGUAUUUUUAUGAUAAGUUAUUUGGGUUUCUGUUAUUUGAGAGGGAGGGUAAUUUACAGAUUGGAAACGAAUCUUGAAGUUUUUUGACAUUUUCAACUGCUCUAUAGACUCUAAAGGUCUGUCUUAAUUUUUAUUACAAUGAUAGAAAGCAGUUAAGGUAGAAUACUCUUCAAAGAAGUCCAACGCAUGAAAAAUAUCAAAUAUUUUGAGCACUGAGAAGAGUUGAAACUAGUAGUUGUAGUAUCGACAUUGUUGAAGGCCAACUGACUUUGUAGUUGAUCACAGUUGACUUCACUAAACACUUCAAUGAUCCUAGAGUUGAUUUUCUUAUUUAAAUAGAUAACACUGGUGAAGAUUAAGCAAUUUUUUUUCUAAGUCUGUCAUAUUAAGUGUGAUUUAGAGGUAAUUUGCAAUCAAAGAGUUUUUUGGAUAGCAGUCUUAGUUUUUACUGACAAUACUUUCUUCCUAGAACAUUAAGAAAAUCUUCCUAAGGACUAAUGGAGUAAUAAAAAAAAAUUAUAGUUAUUUUAUCACUGGGUAGAGUUUAAUUUGCCAAGGAGGAAAAGUACUUAAAGUUCAGCUAUGAUUCUCAUUUUAAGUAUUUUUAUUGGCUGUAUUAUGUUUUAGCAUGCCCUCUCUGUUCCUGGUCUUCUCACAAGUUUGACCUGUGUGGUAGAGACUUGAAGAGGGAGAGGUUUUGCAGGACAAGUCAAGAUGCAAGAACCAAGGCUGGGGACCUGUCUGUCAAACAAGAAGAAGGUUCCAAAUGGAAUGUUCCCAGGAGUUGGCAGUUGAAGCUGGAGGGGGAAGAAGGGAGUCUCUGGCGCUCUCUUCAUGUCUCUACCACACCUGUGGCUUAAAACAAAUUAUCUUUCAUUACCAGGCUAAACAAACUUCCGUGUUCACAGUGAUUUUAGGCUGAAAACUAUGCCCAUUAUUUUUUGGAGGUGGUUUUUGAAGCAAACGAAUGCAAUAAUAAUAUAGGGUAGGUUUUUAAGAAUGAGUAUGCCAGUUUACAUGUUGUUAUAUUAAAGUCUUUUGUUUUUUGUUCAAUAAAAGUGAUCAGAGGAAAAUGAUUAUGGAAUCAUACCAUUACCACAGAAUAACUAAUUGACCCUCCAAAAAAAAAAGUAUUAAUAAGGGUAGUUUCUGUGAUUCAUAGCUUAAAUAUUCUCUGAGAUCUCCACAGUGUUAUGGCACUUUAAAAAAAAUGUUCAGAAGGAUUGGCAUUCAUUUUGAAUGCGUUUCUGUCUCUUGAAAAGGGCCGCUUCCUAAAAUUCUUUUAAUAAAUGCAAGAUGUUAGAUAACCAGAAAUAGUUUAAAAACCAUGGGUGUAUCUUAGUUUAGAACAAGUUGAAAUUAGAACAUUCUGAGUUUUUCUAGUCUUGUUUAUAUCAAUUUUUGAACACUUAUUUUAUACCUCAAACUGAUUUUGUUCACCAAAAAAUAUGCUAUCUAACUAAUGUAUGACCUACAAUAAAAACAGGUUUAUUGCAAAUCUACUGGAUUGUGUAAGACUAAUUAGAUUGUGUUUCCCCCAUCUAUCUGUGACUACCUGGCCUAAAGCCUAUCCUUUUCUAUGGUCUUGACUUCAUUCUUGCCAAAUUCUCAAGUUCCCUUCUUUAAAAAUGGAACACAGAGAUGUGAUUCACUUGCCUAUCAAAAAUGUAAAGGGGUUUGGAAAUGAUAUAUUAAGAAGAAAGAGCAACUUAUCUUGAGGAGUUCAAAGAACCAAUCCCUCUCUAGCCAUCUCAGUGUCCAUGGGGUACCCCAGCAAAAGUUAGAGAAUGCUGUGUGCUUAAGUGUUCCACGGCUAUUGACUCACUAUGUCAUACUUAGAGGGAGGUCAAGGUUAGGAAGUGAUGAGGAGAUGCUGAUGUCCAAGUUCUCAGAGAUUUAGGAGAGAAGAAAAGAUUUUCAAAUAUCAAAAAUCUCUUAGAUAAAGGCUUCUUCCAUUUAAAAAAGUGCCACUAAUUCACUGUGAAUGUUGCUGGAUAAGGAGUUUUCUAGAGCUAGUUUGGUAUGGCUAGGUUUUAAAUCUUGAGUCAUUUAAAGAUGUUCAUUGACUUUUCAGUUUCAUUACCUUUGAUGUUAAACAAACUUCAUUUGUGAGUUUGUCAGGUAUUUUUUGCUUAGAAUUUGUGAUUCUUGGGAGGGACCAAAUCUAAAAAGUAUUCCUAAAUGUAUAAAUUGCUAAAUAUCAUGGGACUUUACCAUUUUACACUUUUAAUGUAUCUUAUUUCAAUGGACUACAUUAUUUUCUCUAUGGAAUUCCCUCUCUUCUGUGAUACUUUCCUUCCAUUGACUCUCUUAUGGAUUGAUUAAAUGUGUUGGAUAAUGUGAAAAUAAAAUUUGGAUCUCUGUAUAUUGUAAUAAAUGAGAGAUAUAUCAA